AUGGUGGUACCUUUAAGCCGUGGGCAAAGAAAAAGACGCUUGGCAGCUGAUAGAAUAAGAAGAAAGCAAGACUUGACAAGUUAUAUAGGAAAGGGUAUUCUAGAAAAGAAAAGGAAGAAGAUUUCAAGUUUAAAAAGAUUAAAAGAUUUAGAACUAGAAAUUAGGAAUGUAGAGCUUGAGAACAAUAUAAAUAAUUCGACAAAAUUACUCAAAAAGUCUCUAACGAGAAGAACAAGAGAAAAAGAAAAAAAGGAGUCUCUACGUCAAAUGAAAAAUAUCUUAAAUUACCCAAAAUUUAUAUCAAACCCCUUUGAAACAAUGAAAACUCAUCUUAUAAACAGUAUAGAGUUAGAAAGAGACAGAUCAAACAUCGUAAAUAGGGAGGACUAUAAUAAAAAAGAUAGAAAUACUAGAAAUAAGGUAAAGAAAACUAUAGUUAAAAGAAAAAGUGCAAAGUAA